AUUUGACGUAAUCACUUCGCGACUUGCCAUUCAUUGCAUGCCGGAUGCAUAGGAUGGCUGCGCUGUCAGGGGCUCUGCGUUUGAAGCUUCUGUCCUGGCAGCAAGCUAGGUUGAUUCACUCGUGUGUUAGGCUGCUGGCAACCGACAAAGAGAUCUUAGUGAAGCUCAGAAAGAAAACUGGAUACUCUUUUAUGAACUGUAAGAAGGCUCUUGAAAAGUUCAACAAUGACUACAAACAAGCAGAAACAUGGCUACAUCAACAGGCCCAGAAAGAGGGAUGGAACAAAGCUUCCAAACUACAGGGGAGAAAGACUGCAGAAGGGCUUGUUGGGCUGCUGCAAGAAGGAAAUACCACAGUGAUGGUGGAAGUGAACUGUGAAACGGAUUUUGUUGCAAGGAAUGUCAAAUUUCAGCAGUUAGUUCAGCAGGUGGCUCUGGGAUCUUUGAGACUCUGCCAAAGCCAAGAGCAGAACCUGAGCUCUUAUGUCAAGGGAUUCCUUGGCCAGGAGGAUCUCUUGCAGUUAAAAACAGAAGAAUCAUUACUAAAGGACCAACUAGCACUAGCUAUAGGGAAACUUGGAGAGAACAUGAGCAUAAAGAGAGCUGUCUGGGUGAUGACUACUUCCGAUGUCUUCGUUGGUUCCUAUAUGCACGGUACCCUCCCGACAGAAACACCAUUUUUGGCUAAUAUGGCCUUUGGCAAAUAUGGGGCUUUAGUGAUGUGCCAAGCAGCUGACCCCAAGGGCAAUAUUGCUGAACUUGGCCGAAGACUAGGCCAGCAUGUGGUGGGCAUGAACCCUCGGUCAGUGGGAUCUCUGGAAGAUGAGUCCAUAGGGGAAGAUGAGACCAGAAUGCUGGCUCAGUCUUUCCUGCUAGAGCCCAGCCUUACAGUGGGACAAUACGUGCAGCCAAGAGGAAUACAUGUGCUUGACUUUGUGCGCUUUGAGUGUGGAGAGGAGACAGAGUCCCCAGAAGCCUGCUAGUUAGAACACAAAGCUUGAUUCUUGUGAGGAUCAUGGACUUUUUUUUUUUUUCCUAACCUGAAAUAAAUAUAUGAUGUAAGUUCACAGAA